AUGACUAUAUUCAUUUUAAUUACUCUAUUGUGUCCAAUUUGUUUAUCAUUUGAACAACCAGGUGAACCAAGACGGCAUGGUUCACACAGAGAAAGGUCACACAAACGAAGUCAUCACACAUCAUCGCGUCCAAGUACUUCUCAUCACAGAACACAAGAAAGACCAACAACAUCUACAAGUUCUCAACCAUCCACAUCAACAACAAGUGGCAAACACACACACAAAAGAAAACACACAACUCAUGAAGACACUUCAUCACAAAGUAAACAUGAAUCAAAAAGACAGAAAUUGGAAUCAUCAAGUGAACAGCCAUCCACUUCAAAACAGACUGCUCAAACAUCAUCAACACGAGAACAUAAAGACGAAACACCAAAACAAAUCCCAUACCCGCCUUAUACAUAUUUGUUACCAACAACCAUGACAUAUUUGGAAAACCAUAGAAAGUGUCUAAGAUAUUAUCCUCAACAAAAUAAAUUAAACUUUCUGUUAUUUGUACAACAUUGGCCUGGCGAAAGAUGUGCACAUCAAUUGUGUACAAUUCCAAAAACAACAUCAAAAGUUAAGGAAAAGUUUUUCCUUCAUGGACUUUGGCCACAGAGCAAUAGGAAUAUGUUUUGUUGUCAAAACAAAUUCAGUUUUGAUAGUGUUGAACAAAGAUUGUUGAAUGAUAAAAAACUUUUGAAAAGUGUACAAAAGCAUUGGCUUUCAUUGUUUAAAUGUAAGUCGCCAAUGUAUCAAUACGACAAACAUGGUACAUGUUCACUAACUACUUUUAGUGGAGGUGAUGGACCAGUGGAUUAUUUCAACACAGCAAUUAAAAUGUAUAGAAGAGUCAAUAUAUGGAAAGUUUUGAGAAGAAGCGAAUUAAAAGUAAGAACCAACAAAUUGUAUGACAUCGAAAAACUCAGAGAUGUGGUGAGAAGAGCUUAUGGUGGUAAGCCAGCCUUUUUCUGUAUGGAAAAAACUUCAGUUCUUGAAAUUAGAGUGUGUUACGAUCCGUCUAAAAACAAAUACAAUCCAGAAUCAAUAAGAUGCCCAAGAAAAGUAACUCGGUUCGAAGAAAAAACGUGUGGCAAACGUGUUUCGUUCAAACAAUUUCCUAAGUAUUUACUUGACCCAUCAAAAGCUCCCAGAAAUAAUUGCGAAUAUUGA